AUGCUCAACCCCUCUUCCCCAAAUUCCUCAGAGGCCCCUCUACUAAGAUGCUCUUACUCCCCUGAAGACGAGUCUUUUGUGUCAAUUUUUUUAAUCCCUUCCAGUGUCGUUCGCGGAUUCGUGAAAGAAGUGGACUCGGUCAGCUUCACCUUCCUGGGCUACAAGUGGCGACUGCGGACACUGAGGACCAAAAUGCAUAUUGGAGCGUUCCUUGAGUUGCUGCCUACAAAAUCGUCCACCAACUUUGAACUACGACUGGAUUUUGCCUUUGUAAUUCUUAAUAGAGAGCAUUUCAGUAAAAACCAGCACUUUUCACAGCGACAGGUCCUCUUCACCCGAGACGGGCGUAAACGCGGGUGCAAAACUUUGAUCGAAUUGUCCUAUCUGUGUGGUGAUAAGUUUCUCUCGGAUGACAACACCUUUUUGUUCGAGGUAGAAUUUUCCAGCCCAAGAAUUGACAUCCUAGUCCAAUUAAAUAGCACUUCAGAGCUGAUUCGCUUCCUCGGCAACAAUUACGUGGACAGGUACAAUGCCGAAAAUGCAGAACAUGGUCCAAUUUUAUUUGAGUCUGGUCCAUUCAACGCAAGUAGUGAACCCUGGCAUCUUGGAGUGGCGAUAUCACAUGCCAGCAUCUUCGGUCCAGACAAGGAAAAGAAAAAAGUCAGUCUUUACAUUUUUCAGCAUAAAGGACGAAAAAGUCCGUCUGCGGUAUCUGAUCGGCGCUUCUCGAUUAUGGAAUUUGCCUGUGAAAUUGAAUCUCAGACUUCGGGUCGUCGAUUGCGACUUCUCCUCGACCCAGGGUGUGGAAUGUCCCUGAUGGUAGAGUUACCACAAAAUGAAGCAAAUGCUGUAUCAAACUCGGUGAGGGAGCAAAUUGCAUCUCACAUAGCAAAGAAAGUGUCUUUCAAGUUCUUUAAGCCCAUUCUACGGGUAAAGCUUAAGUCCGUACGACUACGGCAACUCACUCCAAGAGAACUGGUACUUCAGAGUCCCACAUUCCCACUGUAUUGUUCGACAAUUCCCUUCGAUCCUGUAAAUACCAAUUGGACUGCUUACGCGUAUCCAUCAGGGGAUGAACUCAACCUCGGUCUUCGGGUUGGAGUCGACAAGAACAGGCGGCUUCUUGCCAGUAACUGCGUUGAUCUACUCUGGUGGAGUGCGCACGCUGGUAAGGGAAAUAUUGAAAACAUGGACGCCUUGGAAGAGGGUCAAAAGGUCGCCCUAAGUGUUGCAACGCGUUUUCACCAGCUGGAUGGUGUGGAGUUAUCGCCUCCUUGCGCUGAUAGUUCGGCUUCCGAUGAAGAGAUGCCGGUAGAGGCACUAUCUCCGUCGCAGUGUUUCAUAAAGUUUCCUCAAAAAGAACAAAAUGAUUGUCUAACAAACAAACUGGAGAGACAAGUUGACGUUCUGCUUGAAUGGCAUGCCGAGUACCGCCUCAAGGGAGACCACUUUGACAUUGUCGAUGUGCUCACUCAUAUUCACAUGCAUCAAAUGAGACUGACAGACUAUUUACUUGUCGGAGUUUCUUCUCUUUUGAGGAAAGAACUGACUCUCCUGCGUCUUGAAAACGCCUCACUCAAACAGCAGAUAGAAGAUCAGGUGACAACCACAACAACUGCAACAAAAGACGGCUGA